CCGUGCAGAUUUUUUCCUAAGGUGCAUCUUCUUUCAUGUUAUUCAUAUUUAUAAGUUCUCAUGGAGAGAAAAACUUUGCUAGCAUUAGUAAUCUACUGAGUUGGCCGUCAGCCUUUUUACGAAGAGGCGAUUUCCUUGAGGAAGUAUGACACAUUUGGUUAACGGGUUUACUGAACUGUCAUCCACUUCCAAACCCUCCUCUGUUGACAAGGCAACAACAAGCAUGCAUGCACCGUGGAGUGUGAAGUCAUUUUCUCUUGGAUUGAAUUCUGCUCUUCGGAAAGUCGCCAUUUAAACUUGAUUUUUGAAAAAACCGUGAACUUCCAGGAUUUGUAAUGUUUCCAAAACUCCGCUGUGUUAUUGGUGUAAAGUCACGUCAGCGAACCGCUCUAGGGGGUGAAGCUGAUCUCUACUGAGUGGUAGUGAGUGCGCUUUCCUUUUGCGAUGAUGUCCUGGCUGCAGUUGUCCGUAUAAAUUGCAUAUGUCUUGAACUGUUCUGCUAUCGUUUAUAGAUGUUUAUAAUGCUUAUAACAUUAUGGCGUGCCCCCCUCAUAGACUAAAAUGAGGGACGAUUCGCCGCAAAAUUGAAAGGUUGAGAGGUUGAAAGAUAUACGGUAUUUUGGUGAAAUCGACGGGCGCUGAUUCGGGAAUCUCGUCUCACCAUGACAGCAUUCAAUCAAGAGAAUGUUGAGGAAUACUAUGAAAUCGGUGAAGAGCUUGGGAGCGGUCACUUUGCAGUGGUGAAGAAAUGCAGGGAGAAAAGCUCUGGCACGGGGUUCGCGGCCAAAUUCAUCAAGAAGCGUCGGAGCAAGUCCAGCCGGCGGGGCGUGUCGAGAGACGACAUUGAGCGAGAGGUCAGCAUCCUGAAGGAGAUUCAGCACCCCAACGUCAUCACGCUGCACGACGUGUUCGAGAACAAGGCCGAGGUCAUCCUCAUUCUGGAGCUCGUGGCGGGGGGAGAGCUCUUUGACUUCCUGGCGGAGAAGGAGUCCCUGACAGAGGAGCAGGCCACCAAGUUCCUGAAGCAGAUCCUGGAGGGAGUCCUCUAUCUGCACUCUAAGCAGAUUGCCCACUUUGACCUGAAGCCAGAAAACAUUAUGCUGCUGAACAGGACUGCCCCUCACCCACGCAUCAAGCUCAUUGACUUUGGAUUGGCCCACAAGAUUACUUUUAGCAAUGAUUUCAAGAACAUUUUUGGGACUCCGGAAUUUGUGGCUCCAGAAGUGGUCAACUAUGAGUCACUUGGCCUUGCAUCUGACAUGUGGAGUGUUGGUGUGAUCACAUAUAUUCUCCUGAGUGGUGCUUCUCCGUUCCUGGGUGACAGCAAACAGGAGACGCUGGCCAAUGUAUCUGCCGUCAAUUACCAGUUUGAUGAGGAGUUCUUCAGGAACACCAGCAGCCUGGCCAAAGAUUUCAUCUCAAAGCUCCUCAUCAAAGACCCAAAGAGAAGGAUGACCAUCCAAGAUAGUUUGUGUCAUCCUUGGAUCAAGCCAAAGGACACACUGCAGGAGCUUAGCAGGAAGGAAUCGGCUGUCAACAUGGAGAAGUUCAAGAGGUUUGCUGCUCGCAGGAAAUGGAAGCAAUCAGUGCGUCUCAUCUCCUUGUGUCAUCGCCUGUCACGGUCCUGUCUGUCCAGGAGCAACAUGAGCGUCUCCCACAGUGAUGAUGCUUUGGAUGAGGAAGACUCCUUCGUGAUGAAGGCCAUCAUUCAUGCCAUCAACGAUGACAACAUGCCAGGACUGCAGCACCUUCUCGGAUCCCUGACAAGCUAUGACGUGAACCAGCCAAACAAGCAUGGCACGCCUCCUCUGCUGGUGGCUGCAGGCUGCGGAAACAUCCGGAUUGUAGAUGUGCUCGUGAAGAAAGGCGCAGAGAUCCAGGCCCGGGACAAGUCUGGAGCGAACGCCGUGUGCUACGCAGCGAGGAAUGGCCAUGUGGAAACCUUGAGAUUCCUGCAUGGGAAGAAGUGCCCUCUGGACAGCCAAGAUAAGUCUGGAGAGACUGCCUUGCAUGUGGCAGCACGCUAUGGCAAUGUGGAUGUAGUCCAGUAUCUGUGCAGUAUCAAUGCCAACCCAAACCUCCUCGACAGGGAACACGAGACGCCCCUGCACUGUGCGUCCUGGCACGGGUACGCCCCCGUGGCCCGGGCGCUGUGCGAGGCGGGCUGUGAUGUGGACGUGGAGAAUCGGGAGGGGGAGAGCCCGCUCCUCACUGCCUCCGCCCGGGGCUUCCGCGACAUCGUGGAGUGCCUGCUCGAACACGGGGCCCGUCUCAACUCCACAGACAAGGAUGGGCACGCGGCCCUGCACCUGGCUGUGCGCAGGUGUCAGAUCGCCGUCGUCCAAUGCCUGCUCGGCCGCCGCUGCCGUGCGGAUGUCCAGGAUCACCAUGGCAACACUCCGCUGCACGUCGCUUGCAAGGACGGCAACCUGCCCAUUGUGUCGGCCGUCUGCGGUGCCAAUGCUGCCCUGGACAUUCCGAAUAAACAUGGGAGAACACCUCUUCAUCUGGCUGCAAAUAAUGGAUGCCUGGAGGUUGUCCGAUACCUUUGUUCUGCAGGCGCUAACACAGAUGCCAUCACCAGUGACGGGAACUCUGCCGAAGACUUAGCCAGGAUGGCACAGCAUGGGCCUGUCGCCACUCUGCUGGGGAAGCUUAAAAAGGAUACGCACAGAGCCAGCUUCCUGCAGCAGCUGCGGCCCACCCAGACCCCUCAGCCCCGGGUGAAGCUGAAGCUGUUCGGGCACUGCGGCUCUGGGAAGAGUACCUUGCUGGAGUCCCUCAGGUGUGGUCUCCUCCGGAGCUUCUUCAGGCGGAGGAAAACCCGCCUGUCUUCCAACAACCCCACCCGCCUGCCCCCGUCACCCGCAUCUGCCAAGCCCACUGUGUCCCUGAGCGUCUCCAGUUUGUACGCAGAGUGUGAGAACGUGAGUGUGCGCAGUCGUAGCAUGCUGUUUGAGCCUAGCCUCACAAAGGGCCUGGUGGAAGACUGUUCCCCCACACACAGCUCACUGACCGCCUGCGAUGACCAGUCCACCAAGGCCAUUGACAUCCAGAACGUCAACAUUAACGGAGUGGGAGACUUGAGCGUGUGGGAGUUCUCUGGUAACCCGGUCUACUACUGCUUCUAUGACUACUUUGCUGCCAAUGAUCUGACCGCGGUGCACCUGGUGCUGUUCAGCCUGGAGGAACCAUACGAGACGCAGCUCAACCAGGUCACCUUCUGGCUUAACUUUCUCAAGUCCCUCCACCUGCCAGAGGAAGACAUUGCCUUUGGUGGAAGGGUAAAGAAUGCUCUUCAUGUUGUGCUGGUGGCCACACACGCUGACAUCAUGAACAUGCCACGCCCCUAUGGGGGGGAGUUUGGCUAUGACAAGGAGACAUCACUGCUGAAAGAAGUUAGAAGCAGGUUUGGGAAUGAUUUUCAGAUCUCUGAAAAGCUGUUUGUGAUGGAUGCUGGAGCAUCCACCUCCAAGGAAAUGAAGCUCCUCAGAACUCACGUGCAGGAACUGAGAAGCUCCAUUAUAUCAACGUGCCCACCCGUAACUCAGCUGUGUGAGAAGAUUGCCUCAGUCCUGCCCUCCUGGAGGAGGCUCAGCGGGUCCCACCAGCUGGUGUCCUGGCAGCAGUUUGUGCUGGAUGUUCAGGAGCAGAUUAACCCAUUGGUCUGCGAUGACGCUCUGAGGGAUAUAGCCUUUCAGCUGCACAGCAUGGGAGAGAUCGGUAUUCUGCAGAGUGAGACGGUGCACGACGUGGUGCUGCUGGACCCACGCUGGCUCUGCAGCACUGUUCUGGCCAGGAUCCUCUCCGUCGAUACGCCAAAGGCCAUCCACCACUGCAGGGGCCGGCUCCACCUGGAGGAGGUGCAGGGCCUGGUGGCGGAGGGCGACGUGGAUGAGCUGCUGCAGGUCCUGGACGCCAUGGACGUGUGCGCCCGCGACCCCAACAACCCCUCCAUGGUGGACAUCCCCUCGCUGGUGCGCUCCGGCGGGCUGCGGUGCUCCUGGACGGAGGAGGAGGAGGAGGAGUCGCUGGUGUACGGCGGGGUGCGCGUGGUCCCCGGGGAGCACCUGACCCCCUUCCCCUGCGGCCUCUUCCACAAGCUGCAGGUCAGCCUGAGCCGAUGGAGCCACCAGCAGAAGCCUGAGGACGGGGACCUCCGGCUGUGGGCCGGCGGAGCCAGGGUGUCGCAGGGCCGCACCGAGGCCGUGGUGCUGCUGGUCCAGCACGGGCAGGGCCUGGAGCUCAGGGUGCGAGGGCCAGACUCGGACAGGCCCUCCUGCUGCGCGCUGCUGGACCUGGUCUGCGGCAUCGUCGACGGCCUGCUGGCCACCACGCUCCCGGGCCUCCUGACCGUCAGGCAUUACCUCAGCCCCCAGCAGCUGAGGGAGCACCAGCAGCCCGUCAUGGUCUACCAGCCCCGCGACUUCUUCAGGGCUCAGGAGCUGAGGGAGCAGUCGCUCACCAACACCAUGGGCGGCUACAAGGAGAGCUUCAGCAGCAUCCUCAGCUUCGGCUGCGGCCAGGUCUACCGGCAGGCCAGCCUGGGGGCGGACAUCCACGCGUCCGACAUCAGCCCCUUGGCCAGGAGGAAGCUCUGCCGCCUGCUGGACCCUCCGGACGCCAUGGGCAAGGACUGGUGCCUGCUGGCCAUGAACCUGGGCCUGACGGAGCUGGUGGCCAAGCUGAGCUCCAGCAGCAGCAGCAGCGAGGGCCCUGGUGAGGGGGCUUUCCUCCUGAGCCCCACCGCCUCGUUGCUGCGGGAGUGGAGCGGGCGAGCCGACAGCACGGCGGGCGUCCUCCUGUCCAGACUGCGCGAGCUGGGCCGCAGAGACGCGGCCGACUUCCUCCUGAAGUCAUCGCCCGUGUUUCGGGUCGGCCUGGAGGGCGCAGCGCAGGACAGCGACGGCCCUGCCUUCAACGGGGGGACCUCCCAUAACUCCAUCAGUUCUGUCAUAUCCAGAUGAGCGCGCAGUUUAAACACCGUGCGCUAUUCAGGCAAACGGCAAUCUGCUCUCCCGUCUCCUCCCAUGUGGCACAGUUAGGAAUUUCUGGUGUGGAAAACUCAGUCUGUACACACUGCUGCCCUUCCGCUAAUAUGCACAGAUUGUUCCUUGUCCAAGAAAAAAAGAGAAGAAAUUUCAGAAAACAUCCGAUAAAAUGUAUUUAUAUAUUUAACAUAAUACAAUAUGUUAGCAUAAGGCUAUAUACAAUUUUUGAACAAAAUAUGUAGCAUUGAAAAGAUGACUCCAUGAAAAUAUUAGCUGCUGUAAUUAUGUGUGUGUGUGUAUCUGUGCAUGAGUGAGCCUUCAGUAUUACAAUUUCAGUGUCCUUAAUUCUCAUUAUCUAUAUCUGUCAAAAAAUGUGUCUGAUGACUUAGUUUCCAUGUGCAGGACACCCCAGAACAGUUUGAAGCUCUACUUCGGCAAAAUGCAGUCUACCCUCUGGAUCCAAGAUAUAGCUUGUCCCACUGGUGCUAUUAUGAAUGCAAUAUGCUUUUGUGUGAAAGAUUGAGAUAAGCUUUAAAGAAGAGUAUUAAUUUCCAUGUGUUAAAUUGUGUACAGAAUUCUGGCAAAGGAGCGCAGUAAAGGUGAAAAUAUAUAGAAAAUAAAGAUAUAUAGAAAAUAAAAUCACUCAUCCCAAGAAAGUGCAGCCACACAUGAAUUAUAUUUAGUACUGUAUAUUUGAAACAUAUUCUCAGCCAUCAAACAGUACUGCUUGAAUAUUCACUUUUUUUACACUGUAACAUGUUUGGAAAUAUUAUGGAAGUCUGUUUUACCAUUUUUAUAAAUCACAUUUUGUUUCAGAGAAAAAUCUAAAGAGAAUAGUCAUUGGCACCGCCUAUCAAAUAUCAGACUGCACUAUCGAUUUUUAAUUUCUUUCAAUUGUAUUGAUUGUUUUUACCAAAGCAUACAUCAUUUAGUGAUUUAGAGUAUCUCUUUAUAAUUCAUGCUUAUGAGAAUCUUGUAAAAAUCAGCUUAAACAAUUGUUACUACACUCAGUUUCCACUUUAUUAGGAAUUUAUUCUACUUUUUUAGACUAAUUGGUCUUCUGCAUUCCAUGAUCAUAGUCACUUGGAUCACAUUUCUUCUCCAUUCUGAUGUUUUGUCUGAACAACAACUGAACCUUCUUACCAUGUCGGCAUGAUUUAGUUGCUGUCACAUGAUUAGCUGAUUAGAUAUUUGCAUAGAUAUUUUAGAUAUUGGCAAACAAACUGGUGUACAGGUCUGCCUAAUAAAAUUGUCACUGAGUGUAUGAUCCAUUGGCAGCACUUUAACUUGUUCCAAACAAAAAACAAAUGUGUUUAGUUUUUUUGUGAUUGUGGUGUCUCAGAACUAAGACGUCUGCUCAAAAUAGAUAGGAGAAGGACAGGAUUGAGCACAUUUGGCAUGUUUAAGUAACGCAUUUGGCUGGAGAAAGAACUGCAGAUAGGCAGUAAUUCAAAGCACGAGGAACAUUGCUUUACUUUUUUUUUUCUGUUAAAAUAUUUGAAAAUAUUAUACUAGAAACAACUUCAUUUUUGUUUAAUGCCCUUUGCCUAAUUCCACAUUUGUGAUAAUCAUUUUAUAUUCCACAUCCUGAGUUCACUCACUCGUGUUACUAAAAAUGUGUAAAUUAGAAAAGUAGCCAUUUAACUUAAAAUGAAACAAAAAGUGUGUUUCAGUAAGACAGAAGAGACAGUAAUUUAAAGGGAAUCAGAAGUGAAUCUGCAUUUCAUCUCCAGUUGUAGUUUUGGGAAUUCCAUACCUUCAGGAAAUUCUUCCCAUUAUGGAAGGCAUCAUCUUCAGUUUCUGUCCCCCUGAUAUGACGGUAUGAACCAAUCUACAGGGAACAAAUGUAAGAGUGUUUUUACACAAAAGUCUUUGCAAAAGACAAUUUAAAUGUAUAAUUGCUGUUAUUUAAGCAUGUAAUGUAAUUCUAUGUCCUUAAUAUUUGUUUAAAUGUUAAAAUACAUUUUUAUAAUAAAUUGUUUACCUGAUUA